AUGUAUGUAAAUAAACAAGUGCAGAUCAAGGUUUUUACCAAGGAGGUCAUCGGCAAUCGGCAGUCGAUGGUGCAGAAGGCAUUCCAUCCGUUGGUGGAGAAGGCGUUUCUUCCGUCGAUGUCUAACAUAACGGGAAUAACCGAUGCAUGCUCAAGACUGAUUGGAGACCGCGUGUUGCAUGCAUUUGGAAGUUCAAGAGCAAGCUCAGCGGCAACUCACCUUGGUGAGGACCAUCAUGGUUGCAAGCAACAGAAUGCGCGCAAGGUUGAUGACACAAUGGUCCGAGCUCUAAUCACCGUGUUCGGAAUGAAAAACAAUGGAAGAAUCAAGAAGGAGAAUGCGCGGCGAGUGGUGGAGAUGCUUGGCUUGAUAUAUAGUACUCCUCCUUCCGAGGAAGACAAAUCUGGCUUUGAGCUACCUGGCGAAGGUGUUCUAGACGACGACAAUGAAGUGCCCAUAGAGGAGGAGGUGCUUGGCGGCUUCGAGGAUGCGUCGAAGCAAGCCGCCAAGCACCUCGAGUUACUGCGUGAAGCCUUCAAGAUUUUCGACGAGGAUGGUGAUGGAUAUAUAGAGGCAGUGGAGUUGAAGAGGGUGCUGGAGUGCUUGGGAUUGGACGAGGGGUUGGAUAUGGAUCAGAUCGAGAAGAUGGUGAGAAUUGUGGAUUCGAACUUGGACGGGAAGGUUGAUUUCAGUGGGUUCGAAUUAAUGAUGAAGUGAA